UGCAGUAAAUUUUUGGGUAGUGGCGCUCGGUUUUUGGGCGUGGCAUAAACAGACAACGAGUGCUGUUCUUUCUUCUUAGUUUAGCAGGUUAGCCUGUAGCGCAGCAAUCGGGAUAUGGCGGACGUCAAACCAGGAAGGAGGAGUCCUCAUAGUCCCAGACAAGGGAAGAGAUACUCCAAACAUGUGUCACUCAGCAGAAGGAAGAGUCCUGAAAGCUCCAGGAGCAGGAGGGGAAAGAGAAGGAGUUUUGAAUGUUUGGCUAAUGAAAGGUAAAAAGGGCUGAGAAGAGAUGAAGCAUCAACUAGAGUGACCUGAAUUAGUCUUGAAUCAACCGAUCUUGAGCACACUUAGACGCCUUUUUCCAAAACUCCCCGCCUAGCGAAUCACCUUUAGUCACCAUGAUCUGCAACUACCUCAAGAAGACGCUCUCGACUGUGGCAGUGUGUGUGGUGCUCUGGGCUCUCUGCCGCUCGUCUGCCCCAAACACUCGACGAUCUGCAGCUACAGCCAACUGCUCCACCAACUAUCAGCCCGCCUCGGCUGCCGUGCAACUUGCAAACGGCUUUGAAGUUGCGGAGCAUUUCACAAAAGCUGUGUCUGCCCCUGGGAACAUGACAUUCUACACAACACUAGUCAGUCUGUCACAGAUAGCUAUCCGACUGGACAAUGCCGUGGGCCUUCUCAAUUCCCCCAACACCUCAUCGUCUACUUCCACUCAUACCUGCAAAAACAGCAACAGCAGCAGCAGCAACAGCAGUAGCAAUGCAACAAGCAGCAGUAGUAGUUCCAGUAGCCUCGAGCUACGAGCUCUGUCUGCUGUUGUGAGCCAAGUUGUCAAGGAUGCUUGCAACUAUGUAUUGGAGAUCUCAACAGUUGACCACCAAGUUAACUGUGAGGACCUGAAUGAAGUGGCCACCUGGUCUCUCCACCUCUACAACUCACCGAGAAGCCAGUCUCAACGCAGAGACUCGCUGACCAUCGCUGAGGCGUAUUCAGUUCACAGACUGCUGCCAGGGAUAUUCCCAGACGGCACCACUGCUGAUCCUGGCCUGGUGAAACAGUGGUCUGAUGACCUGAAGCGGUUCAAGUCUCCUUGCAUCACUGCAUUUAGAGAUGUCCUCAGAGAGCAAGUCUUGCCCUGGCUGGGGCAGGUGACUGGAAUACAGCUCACCACUCAAAUUGACAUCACCUGCUCCAAAUAUGAGUUCACAGAUUACCUGCUCUGUCAUGAUGACCGGUUGGAGGGCAGGAGAAUUGCAUUCGUCUUCUACCUGGUCCAGGACUGGACACCUCUGGAUGGAGGUCAUUUGGAGCUGUUUUAUACUGACGAGAAUGGCCACCCACAUGAGGUGACAGUCUCCAUUCCUCCAGUGUGGAACAACUUUGUCUUUUUCGAAGUCACCCCCGCUCCUCUCCACCAGUGAGGUCACCAUUUGCAUUGGUACAUAGCACUAGAGUGAAGCAGUGUCUGCCAUCAAUCACAGUUGAGAUUUGUGAGGUUGUAUUAAGUGAGAUGAAUGUAGAUUAGACAGACAUUAGUUGAUGGUGUGCUGUAGCUCUAUGAAGACACGUCUCUCUAGCAG